AUGCAGAAGCAGCUACGGACCAAGAUAAGAUCACUCGAGACUUAUUUACGACGUUUCCGAGUGUCUGAUCCUCAGCAAGAUAAAGUCCAAAUUGAGGCAAUCAAAGGUGGUCUACUCGAAAAGUCAUACAGCUGGAUCCUCGAUCACCCCAACUUUCGACAAUGGCGCACCAAGCAGAAUCGGAUGCUCUGGAUUAAGGGUGGGCCUGGCACGGGCAAGACCAUGCUUCUUUGCGGUAUCAUCAACGAAAUAGAACCAUCGACGAGAUUGAGCGACCAAAACGCCGACACACUACUCUCCUACUUCUUCUGCCAGGCAACCGACGUUCGUUUUAACAACGGUACUGCCAUGCUACGCAACCUGAUCUACCUACUCAUUGUUCAACAACCAUCGCUCGCACGGCGCAUACGCGAGAGCCGGGAAACACACAUCAUCGACCGAUUCCUAAGGUCUGAUGACUUUGAAAUGGGGCUGAGUAUCGAGUUAAACAAUUCUGCGUCUGUAUUUGACGCUGUUGGCACAUAUAUUGACGAAAAGGUGUCCGAACUCAAGUCCUUGCAAGACAACGAGGCUCUCCAGGAACAAAUUCGGCAUACUCUCCGCCAGAAGACCGACGGUACUUUUCUCUGGGUAUCCCUAGUCAUCCAGCAACUGCAAGCAGUGGGAUCCGGGGAUGUUGAGGCCGUGAUUAGUGCCGUACCAACAGACCUACAGGGCAUUUAUGCUCAAAUGCUAGAGCAAAUCCACAAACAGCACGAAAGAAAGUACUGUCUGCUCGUGCUUACGACAGCUACUCUUGCAUAUCGUCCCCUGCAUCUGCUGGAGCUAGCUGUUGUAUCUGGACUGCCGCCAAUCAAUACUGAAAGAGUUGAGGAAUUUGUCAAGAUGUGCGGCUCAUUCCUUACUUUACGAGACGAUCAUGUCUACAUGAUCCACGUAUCGGCUAAGAACUAUCUAUACCAAAAUUACAGCUCGCUUCAGCUAGCUGGGGUUGCACAAAGACAUGUUGACAUUGCUAGGUACUCCUUCUCUGCGAUAGCAAUGCUGGAGAAAAAUAUCUACAGCAUUGACUUCGGCUUCAGACCAGAGAACCUAGAUACACAACCGGUUCAUCCAGAUCCGUUGACUGCAGUACGAUACUCUUGCAUAUUCUGGGCUGACCAUCUCUAUCAAAAUAAUAAUGAUAAAGAGUGCAAAGAGGCGUUGACAGACGACGGAGUGGUGCUCCCGUUUCUAAAAGCACACUUCCUUCGCUGGCUUGAGUGUCUGUCAUUAUCGAGGAGCUUGUCAGCCGGAGUAAAGUCGAUUAGAGAGCUUCAGCAGGUAGUAUCGCAUCAAAUGAAUAGUCAUGAGCUCACUGCCUUCCUGGGAGAUGCUGAGAAAUUCAUCCUUAGCUAUGGAUCAAUCAUAGAACGCGCUCCUUUACAGACAUAUGGCACUGCACUCAUGUUCUGUCCGAAAACAAGUGUCAGAGACCACUGGGGCGCGCUCCGGCAGACUCUCGAGGGGCACAGCGGUUAUGUUAAUGCCGUUGCCUUGUCACCGGAUGGUAAGACUAUAACCUCGGCUUCAAACGACCGCACGAUACGGCUCUGGGAUGCAACUAUUGGCACGUUCAGGCAGAAGCUUGAAGGACAUGGCGAGUGGGUAAGAGCUAUUGCCUUCUCGCCAGACGGCAAGAUGUUGGCAUCAGCCUCAAAUGACCACAUGGUACGGCUCUGGGAUGUAACUACAGGCUCAUUCCAGAAGCUUGAGGGUCAUAGCGCGUGGGUUAGAGCUGUUGUCUUCUCACCGGACGGUAGCACGAUAGCCUCGGCCUCAAAUGACCGUACAAUACGGCUUUGGAACGCAGCUACAGGCAUGUUCCGGCAGAAGCUCGAGGGUCACAGCGGGUGGGCUUAUGCGGUUGCUUUCUCGCCAGACAGUAUAACACUGGCCUCAGCCUCGUUUGACCACACGGUCAGGGUCUGGGAUACAAGUAGAGGCGUACUUCAACAGACACUCAAAGGACAUAGGGGUCCAACUAGGGCAGUCGGAUUUUCACCAGAUGGUAAGACGUUGGCCUCAGCCUCGGAUGACCGUACAAUACGGCUCUGGGAUAUAGAUACGGGUGUGCUUCAGCAAACGUGUGAGGGACAUAGAGAUUGGGUCAGAGGUGUUGCUUUUUCACCAGAUGGUCAGACACUAGCCUCCGCCUCGAACGACGGCACGGUGCAGCUUUGGAAUACCGCCACAGGCACGCCCCGGCAAAUGCUAGAGGGGCAUAGCGAUUAUGUCAAUGCAGUUGCUUUCUCGCCUGAUGGUCAGAUGCUGGUCUCUGCCUCAGAUGAUUACACGGUACGGCUCUGGGAUACAGCUAUAGGCUCACAGCAAACGCCAAAGGGACAUAACGAUAAUAUCCACCUUGUUACCUUUUCGUUAGAUGGAAGAAUGCUAGCUUCGGUCUCAGACGACGUACGGCUCUGGGAUACAGCUACAAAUACACUUCAACAGACACUUAAGGGACACACUGAGGCUGUCGGGGCUAUUGCUUUCUCACCCAAUCGCAAAACGUUAGCCUCGGCCUCAGUUGACCGUACGGUGCGGCUCUGGGAUAUGACCACAGGCACGCUUCAGCAGACUCUUCAGGUACAGAGCAUUUCAGCUUGGGUCACGGCCAUUGCUUUCUCACCCAACGGGAAGAUGCUAGCCUUGUCCUCAACAGACCACACAGUGCAGCUCUUAGAUGCCGUUACAGGAGCGCUCCAGCAGACGCUCGAGACUAAUCAACUCCUCACGAAACUGGCAUUCUCGAACGAUGGUCGGUAUCUGAACACGGACUAUGGAAUACUCAGAUUUGCAGAAACCGCUUUAUACGAGAAGUCUCACGGCAAGAAUGCUUCUGAUUAUGCACUAUUCGUCGAGAAAGAGUGGGUGACUCUUGGCGGGAGGAAUAUUCUUUGGCUCCCUCACGAGCACAGGCCUGCUUGUGCAGCUACGUAUGGUCAAACUGUUGUCCUAGGUCAUCGUCCUGGCGGGUUGACAUUCUUGCAAUUCAAUUUUACAGAUCUGGAUUGUUAUUGA